AUGAGGCUCUCUCUCCUAGCAUAUGCUUCACUACUAUCUUUUGCUAUCGCUACCCCGGCAGCUAUAAAGCCGCCACCAGCAGAAGAGAAUUCUGAGUCCGGGAAAAUCGAAAACAAGGAAGUCAGCGGAGAAGUUGAAAACGACGCAACAGCCGAGAUCAAGAUGCCAGAACCUCUUACAAUUGAGACAUUCGACGAAUUUACUUCGGGGCAUAUGAGCUUUGUUGAGUUUUUUUCCCCAUAUUGUCAUCAUUGCAAUGCUUUAGCACCAAAGUGGGAACAGACAUUUAGGGAAACUUACGAUGGUCAACAAACAACAGGUAUCCAUAUGAGGCAAGUGAACUGCGUUGAAAGUGGUGAUCUUUGUGAACGUGAAGUAGUGCCAUACUGGCCAAACUUGAGAAUAUAUGUCCCAGAGUUCGACGAACGUGGUGAGAAGACAGGAAAGUCAAAGCUUGUUGAUUCAUUCCCUCGCGCUCUUAAACAGACCCCCGAGAACUUCAAGAAGUUUAUGAAAAAAGCUGUGGCAGAAUACGGUGAUGGUUCACUCUCGAUGCCGUCUUCCUCUGAACUAUUGGAUACUGAUACUACGUUGAACAUCGUAGCCGGAGAAAUGAAAGAACCCUGGUUCAUAGGAAUGUUUUCCUCAACUGAUGAGGAGUGGGAGACUGGCAAAUUUUCGAGAACAUGUAUGGAUUGCUUGAAAGUCAAGAGCGAUUGGGAUAGAUUGUCCAACUUGGUUAUCAGUUCAACAAAAACUGGCCACUUGAAUUGCAAGUCCAACCCUACUUUAUGCGAGAAGCUCGGCCAUCCAGAGUUGAGCUCAGACUUACGUCAGUCGCCUAAAUUUGCGAUGUUUUUGCCAAAGCAUGUCGGAAUUAUCAGGUUCGAUUAUAACCAGGGAAUGGAUGUAGCGAAGAUGAAAAAAUGGGUUCUACAAUUGGCAUUAAACUCUCAGUAUGAAAUAGCCACUGCCAGCCACUUCGAAGAUUUGGAUCUUUUCAAAACCGAGAAGCCAGAGAAACCUUUCGAUUUAAAUUUUCCUUUGGACCCACAGGUGGGCCUCGUUUUUGCUUUUGAUAAGAGCAAGAUCACAAAGGAAGAUAAAGACAUUUUACCUCAUCUACUCGAGAUGGUAACAAACCUGCCUUUCAACAUGCGUUUGUAUGGCUCGGCGUCAGUAAAAUUUGAAGAGACAUUAGAAUAUCAAUCUAAGGGAUUGGUUGAUUUUGUGCGGACUGACAAGGACCUCGAGGAUGUAAAAUACAACCGCCCACUUCAUGUUGCGACAACUUUAACGAACAAGCCUACACUUUACAUGUUUAAAGAACAUUCCAUGGUGCCCGCAGUAUUUCAAAACUAUGCGCCUGAGGACAUGAGAAACCCGGAGAAAAUCGAGGAAUGGGUAGUUAAAAAUAUGUAUCCGUUCUUUCACGAACUUACCCCAGAUAUGCUUGAAUGGUACUUCAACACCAAAGAUAAAUUAGAUGACAAGGUCGUUGUUACAUUUGUGGAUGGCGAGAAGGAAGACGAACUCAAAGAUACAUUAUACAGCAUGUCUUUGGUUGCCCACGAGUACAUCUUUUUGAAGAAGGAAUAUUAUUUUAAGCAGCUCUCAGAUGAGAGGGGUGCCAAGUGGGAGACGAUCAACCAGCUCAAGCAAAAGGGUGCCGAUUCUUUGGAGGUUAUCGCUGCUAUGAGAAAAAGUGUUCCACAUUUGUUCGAUCACAAUGACGCUCUUUUCACUUACGUGAAUUUGAAAGAGUACCCUAAUUUUGCAAAACUGGUCGGCUGGGAUAUUGAUGGCGAGGGAUACAAACCAGGAGACACGAUCGUUGUCACCAAGAACACGAAAUAUUACUGGGACAAGACAUUGACAGGCGAAAAACUUACUAUAGAACCUUCAAAGUUGCGCCCAGUCUUGUUGCAUCUUUUAGACCCCCUUUUGACAAAGGACAUCAAAGCUAGUGGAUUUUCUCCGAAGCUCGCUGCAAGCCCCUUUACCAGCUGGCUCAGAGCGUUCGAUUCGAUCUAUCAACAUGGUCCUAUCGGAGUAGUCUUCUUCUUGAUCGGUUUAUUUGUAUUCUACAAAUUCGCGAUAAGAUUUAUCAAGAAAGGAAGACUUGGUCUGAGAGGAAGAGGCAUCAUCGGGAAUAUCGCACCAAAGCACGACUAA